GGCGCCGUUGUCCUCACCUUCUCUUUUCCUGACCUCUCGCCUGUGCAUGAUUGUGAGAUACCCCGAUGGCAGCUAGCGCUCCAUACGGUCUCCGGUUCUCGCCCUGGACACGGUGCCGGUGCCUCUGUACUGUCUUUGCCAGCCAAGGCAUUGUCCGGUCACUAGAAGCAUUUCACAAGGUAUAAGAGCAAGCAGCAAAUGUGCAGGUCAAGGACACAAGUCUUUUGAGGUUCAAGGCUCGACAUGCUCAGUUUCUUCGCGUCUGUUGCUGGAUUUAUCUUGGCCGCCUAUGCUUCCCCUCUAGCACGGCAAGGCAUAUCGACCAUAUCGCAGUCAACCAUCGCGUCUUACAGUCCGUACACGCAAUUCGCCCGUGCUGCUUAUUGCCCAGGUACUGCUACCUGGACCUGCGGUGCGGCUUGCACCGCGAACAGCGGCUUCGUGCCGUACGUGACCGGAGGUGACGACAGCGACACGCCUUACUUCUUUGUCGGUUACUGGCCGAGCGGCAAGGCGGCUGUUGUGGCCCAUGAAGGAACGGAUCCUACGCAAUUCCUGAGCUUGUUGGUCGAUGCUGAUUUUUUCUUAGAAGAUCUUGAUACCACACUAUUCCCAGGUAUCAGCAGCAGUAUUCAGGCGCACAGCGGCUUCCUUGGCGCGCAUUCUCGGAGUGCGGCCUCAGUCCUUUCCGCUGUGCAACAGGUUAUCAGCGAUCACGGUGUGAGCGAAGUUAUCACUGUGGGCCACUCCCUCGGAGGAGCAAUCGCCUUGCUGGAUGCGGUAUACCUUCCCCUCCAUCUCCCAUCCUCGAUAAUCGUUCGUUCGGUACUCUUUGGCCUCCCGCGAGUGGGUAAUCCGGCAUUCGCGUCCUAUGUCGACGCGCACCUCAGCAUUGUUCACAUUACCAACAUGCUUGAUCCUAUCCCUAUCGUACCAGGGGAGUUCCUGGGUUUUGCCCAGCCUCAAGGAGAGGUGCAUAUCCUUGGAGGGACCGAUUGGGUGUCUUGCCCCGGGGACGAUAAUUCGAGUGUGGAUUGCUCAACCGGAGCUGUCCCAACAAUCUUUACAAGUGACAUUGUGGAUCAUCUUGGGCCAUACAACGGCAUCUGGAUCGGGACCCUCUAUUGCUAA